UAGACUGUAGAAAAUAAUGGAAGUCAAUGCCAGGUCCUCAUAAAGAUAGCUGUAUCAGAUUGUGUGUGUUGGAUCAUCCUGACAUUCUGGCUCUGUUUUCGUUCUCUUGAACUCUGACCGUCAUGAUUCAUAAAUCAUCAUCCAUCAGUUCAUCGGAGCGAUAACGCUCAGCCAAGGCUCUGCGUGCGGUUGGAUGCAAAGGCAGAGAAAUAAUCCGACCCAUGGCAGCAUGUGUCACAUCUCUGGACGAGACGGACCGACAACAUCUCGUUUUGGACCAUGAGGAAAGUUUCCACUGUGGGCGUCAGAGCACCGGGCACUUGUGGGUCCAGGGUUUUAGGCGUUGCACCACAAAGCGGCCUCUGCGUGACCGCCGCUGGGACCAUCGUGGACGGGAACGUAGAUGGGAGCAAAGGAGCGGUGAAAGCGGUCAGGAAGAGGGGCGUGGAUGGACGGGUGCGCCGCUUCGAGGAGAUCCCCCACACGGGGAGGAACGGUUGGAUCAACCUGCUGAAGUUCUGGAGGGAAAAUCGUUUCCAGCAGCUCCACAAACACAUGGAGGGGACCUUCAACACCCUCGGCCCCAUCUACAGGGAGAAGGUGGGAACUCUCAGCAGUGUGAACAUCUUGAUGCCAUCUGACGUCAGCGAGCUGUUUCAGUCCGAGGGGCUGCACCCUCGGAGGAUGACCCUGCAGCCGUGGGCAACGCACCGGGAGAUCCGCAACCACAGCAAGGGGGUCUUCCUCAAGAAUGGCGAGGAGUGGAGAUCUGACCGCCUGCAGCUCAACAAGGAGGUGAUGCUGAGCGCCGCUGUGAAGCGUUUCCUCCCCCUCCUCGACGAGGUGGCGAAGGACUUCUGUCGGAUGCUGCAGAGGAGAGUGGAGCGGGAAGGAAGGGGGGAGGAGGGCAAGCGAAGCCUCACCGUCGAUCCCAGUCCUGACCUUUUCCGCUUCGCCCUCGAAGCCAGCUGCCACGUGAUUUAUGGGGAGCGUAUCGGCCUCUUCUCCUCGUCUCCCUCCCUGGCGUCUCAGAAGUUCAUCUGGGCAGUGGAGCGGAUGCUGACCACCACCCCUCCCCUCCUCUACCUGCCCCCUCGCCUGCUGCUCCGAAUCGGUGCCCCUCUGUGGACCCAGCACGCCACAGCGUGGGACCACAUCUUCAGCCACGCCGAGGCGAGGAUCCAGAGGGCCUACCAGCGCCUGACGUCCUCCAAGGGCCGAGGGUCCGCCACUGAGGGUCAAUACACCGGAGUUCUGGGGCAACUCAUGGAGAAAGGGCAGCUUUCUUUAGACCUGAUCAAAGCCAACAUCACCGAGCUGAUGGCUGGAGGGGUUGACACGACAGCCGUCCCUCUGCAGUUUGCUCUGUUUGAGCUGGGACGCAACCCCGAGGUGCAGGAAAUGGUUCGGCAGCAGGUGAGGACAUCGUGGGCGCAGGCAGGCGGGGAUGCUCAGAAAUCCCUGCAGGGGGCGCCGCUGCUGAAAGCCACGGUUAAAGAGGUUCUCAGGUUGUACCCAGUGGGAAUCACGGUGCAGAGGUAUCCUGUCAAAGACAUCAUUCUGCAGAAUUACCACAUCCCUGCAGGGACCAUGGUCCAGGCCUGUCUCUACCCGAUGGGGAGGAGCAGCCUGGUGUUCGAGGAGCCGCUGCGCUUCAAUCCCAGCCGCUGGAGCGGCAGCAGGGAGGGGGCAGCGUUUCGCUCGCUGGCCUUUGGCUUUGGGGCGAGGCAGUGUGUCGGGAGGAGGAUCGCUGAGAACGAGAUGCAGCUGCUGCUCAUGAAUAUCCUGCUGAACUUCCAUGUCAGCGUGCCGUCCUCAGAGGACCUGAAGACCACCCUCACCCUCAUCCUGCAGCCCGAGACGCCACCAAAGAUCACCUUCAGCAAGCUCUGACGCACAAAUGUUUCUUUAUACACUUUAAAGAUGAUAUUUAAAAUCCACCCUCAUGCUUUACAUUUAAUUUAGUCAUAAAAAAGCAUCAUAUCUACCUUCUGACUGCACUCACUGCGGCGCUGUUAGCUUUACUGUCCAUCAGGUGGCGCUAAAACUCACUAAACACACCUGUACAACAUUUAAUGAGCUCCUCCUUUUUCACCUGUCAGUUUGCUUCUUGCUGCUCAACAGGUUGGUCGUGUUUCCUUUCCUAAAACUAAACUUUGCUCCAUUUAUAUUGUUGUGUCGAUCAGUUUGAUUACACUUUAAAGCAUUAAUGAUUAUUUAGCAGCAGGUUGUUUGUUCCUCUAUAGAUCUGUCUGCUGCUUUGGUUGAAAGUUUAAAGAAUUUUCCACUCAAAAUGGGGAAAAAAAAGUUAAAUUUUAUAAUUAUUUAGUGUUUUUUCUAGACAUUCCACACUUGCACAUUUAAAUUGGUCAUCACAAUGUUGCAUUUUGUUUUUUCUGUGUGAAAAGUGACGUUUGCAGCUGGAAACAGUCUGCUGCGUGGUUGAUUCAUGUAAGGCGUGUGCCUCAGAGCAGAGCUGCAGCUUCAGGA